ACACGCGGAAUAUAAAUCUAAAGACGCCCAAACACUCCGGCUUCAAAAUCGCUACUUCCGUAAGCCGUAAACUCUCUUUCUAAACACUUUCCAAUGCCUGUCGACACCACCGCCGUUAUCGCCUGGGGCUCAGGAGAAGAUGGGCAACUAGGACUUGGAGACAACGAAGAAAAAGAAUGGGUUUCCUCCGUCACCUCCCUUAAUUCCGCCACCGUCCGUUCCGUCGUCGCUGGCAGCCGUAACUCUCUCGCUAUUUGCGAUGACGGAAAGUUGUUUACGUGGGGCUGGAAUCAAAGAGGAACUUUAGGGCAUCAGCCAUCAACUAAAACCGAAAACAUCCCCAGUCAAGUUAAAGCUCUUGACAAUGUCAAAAUCAUUCAGGCAGCCAUUGGUGGGUGGCAUUGCUUGGCUGUUGAUGAUGAAGGCCGUGCUUAUGCUUGGGGUGGAAAUGAAUAUGGACAAUGUGGAGAAGAGCUAGAGAAGAAAGGUGAAUCGGGUAGAACUCUGAGAAGAGAUAUUGUAAUCCCUCAAAGAUGUGCAUCAAAGCUUUCAGUUCGCCAGGUGGCUGCUGGUGGCACACAUUCUGUAGUUCUUACAAACGAAGGACACGUAUGGACAUGGGGUCAACCAUGGCCUCCAGGCGACAUAAAACAAAUUUCAACACCUGUUAGAGUACAGGGUUUGGAAAAAGUCAAACUGAUUGCAGUUGGGGCUUUUCAUAAUUUAGCUCUUCUAGAAGAUGGAAAUUUAUGGGUUUGGGGGAACAACGAAUAUGGACAAUUAGGAACAGGGGACACUCAGCCACGAUCACAACCUGUUCCUGUUCAAGGAUUAUCGGGACUCAAAUUGAUUGAUGUUGCUGCCGGUGGUUGGCAUUCUACAGCUUUAACAGAUGAAGGAGAGGUAUACGGGUGGGGAAGAGGGGAACAUGGAAGGCUUGGAUUUGGAGAUGAUAAAAGUAGUAAAAUGGUGCCUCAACAAGUUCAGCUUUUAGCUGGGGAAGAUAUUAUCCAGGUGUCAUGUGGUGGGACCCAUUCGGUUGCGUUGACACGCGAUGGGCGAAUGUUUUCUUUUGGACGUGGGGAUCAUGGAAGAUUGGGGUAUGGUAGAAAGGUGACAACUGGACAUCCGUGUGAAGUGCCAAUUGAUUUAAAGUCACCAAAAGAUGGUGAAUUGGGGCGUUGGUGUGCUACAUAUGUGGCGUGUGGGGGCCGCCAUACGCUUGCGAUUGUGAAAUGGAAGGAUGUGGAGGUUAAUGAGAUGAUUUGAAGGAUGUUUUUUUUUGAUGAUUCUCUUGUGUGAGUGAUGAGAGAUCAUUUGUGUUUUUGAUGUAUUACUGAAUUUUUAUAUAUAUAUGGAGUUUAUUAAA